AUGUCAGCCUUGAAUGCAAACAUUAAGGAAGAAGAAUCUCAACCUAAGUUUUUUGACAACAAAGCAGGAGAAAUGAUAAUAGCCAGUAUUAGGCAAAAAGGAAAUCCAAUACUCUCCCAUGUAAAGAAUGUUCCUUAUGAGUUUCGGAACAUUGUUCCCGACUUUCUAGUUGGCAAGUACGAUGCUGUGGUCUUUAUAAGCAUUAAGUACCACAAGCUUCAUAAUCAGUACUUGAGAAGAAGAGUUGAGUCGUUGCAAAAAAACUAUAAGGUCAGAGUAUUACUGUGUUUGGUGGAUAUUCCACCUUCAGGAGUGAUUGAUGCUGCUAUUUUGGAAAUCACUGAUAUUUGCUUUGACUUAAAUAUGACCCUGUUUCUCGCAUGGAGCCCAAGUGAGGCAGGGCAAAUAUUGGAAACUUUAAAAUCACAUGAAAAUUCUUCCAAUGAGAGCAUCCGAGGAGGGCUUUCGUUGGACCUGUUCACCAGAAUAAAGGAUGCUUUAAGUUCUUUACCAAGAAUAAAUAAGACAGACUCCGAAAACCUUUUGAAACACUAUGGGUCAAUUUCGAAGUUAGCCAGCGCCUCCGAGGAAGAACUUUCUAAGAUACAAGGAAUUGGCCCUAUAAAAGCGAAAGUAAUUACGGAAAUAUUUUCCACUGAGUUCUCAGACUUUUAA